AUGUUUGACAAGCCCAGAAAGAAGAGAACUUGGGGAGAGUUGUUUGCCCACCAGCUGGGCUGGGGAGAGUCCAGGGGCCUUAGCAUCUGGUUCAUGAUCUCCAUCCUUCUCGGUCUGGUUGCAAACUUUGUCAUCCUCGUCGGAUGCAUGUCUCCUGCCACCCAGUCUAUCUACCUGUUCCGCGUCAGUAGCCAGGACCUCAUCGAUGCUGCCACGAACACAACUCGAGUGUCGGCCAAGGAUCUCCGUAUCGAUGAGCUGCCGAACCACUGGUACUGGGGUCUCUCUGGCGUCUGUGUAAUCUAUCCCAACGAAAAGACUCCAACCUGCCAACGCUCCUUUCCACCCACAAUGACCAUCGAGGACAUGAUCACCUUUGCCGUCAAGACCAAGAUGUCCGACAACGCUUCUGAAUCAGCCAUUGCCAAACAUAUCAAGCCUUGGACAAAUGCCCUAUCCCAAGUCAAAGAUGAUCUCCCCUCAUCUUCCCGCCCCGAGUCACUCCUCAAGGGCGCAGUCGCUCUGUCCCUCAUCUCGACACUCCUCUCAUUCCUCGUCCUCCCGCUGGCCGUCCUCUCGCUGAGCACUCUCCGCGGCAGGCUUCAGCGCUGGGUCUACUACUGCAUCGCCAUGGUGGACACGAUGGCUUUUCUCGGUGCAGGAAUCCUCGUCAUCUACGCUAUGAAUGACGGUCCUCGCUCGUUGAUCCAGUUGUCUGGCAUUGACCAGGGGAAUGAGCGAACAUUUAUAGGCCCUGGCUUCUAUGUUCUGUUUGCUGGUGUCUUGUUCAAGCUCAUCUCCAUCGGCAUAUUCUUCUCCAUUGCCUUCAUCAUUGUCAUAAUGAUCGUCUUUGCCAUCAUUGCUUGCAUCUCAGAGGCAAUCGAUGGUGAUUCAAGCAGCGGAAGCAAGGAAAUUGUGGUUAUUGAAGUCCCAAGAUAUGACGAAGAGAAGUGA